UUGCACGUGAGGGGUUCAAGUUCUCAUUUCUUUAGCGGUUUCGACCGUAGAAACACCCUAAAGCUCAAACGGCUAAACGCAGCGUCGUAGCCAAAUCGCCGUCGCCGCACUUGGUGAGUGUGGAGUAGUUGCUUUGCUUAGACAUGGUGAGACUUACUGCCGACUUGAUUUGGAAAAGCCCUCACUUCUUCAAUGCCAUUAAAGAGCGUGAAUUGGAUCUUCGAGGUAACAAAAUUGCUGUAAUUGAAAACUUGGGAGCUACAGAGGAUCAAUUUGAUACUAUUGAUUUGUCCGACAAUGAAAUUGUGAAGCUUGAGAACAUGCCUCUUCUUAAUCGUUUGGGUACUUUGAUUAUUAACAACAAUAGAAUUACUCGAAUCAAUCCCAACAUUGGAGAGUACUUGCCAAAGUUACACACUUUAGUUCUCACAAACAACAGGUUUGUCAACUUGGUGGAGAUUGAUCCUCUCGCAUCACUUCCCAAGUUGCAGUUCUUAAGUUUGUUGGAUAAUAAUAUCACCAAGAAGCCUAAUUAUAGGUUGUAUGUCAUUCACAAGCUGAAAUCUCUGCGGGUUCUUGAUUUUAAGAAGGUCAAAAAUAAGGAGAGGCUGGAAGCAGCAAGUCUUUUUGCCUCUCAAGAAGUUGAAGAGGAAGCUAAAAGGGAAUCUGCAAAGAUGUCCGCACCAGUUGAAGUUCCAAUUGUUUCAGAAGUUCCUCCAGAGGAUCAACAAACUCCAAAAGUGGUUGCCCCCACUCCUGAGCAAAUUAUUGCUAUCAAGGCUGCCAUUGUGAAUUCCCAGACUCUUGAAGAGGUUGCACGACUUGAACAGGCUUUGAAGUCAGGUCAGCUUCCUGCAGAUUUUCAAAUUCCAGAUGAUAAUGACAAGAAGAAUGGCAAAGAAAAAGAUGAGAAAAUGGUCUCAGACAGUGGAGCUGAAGUUGAGUCCAGCAAUAUGGAAGAACAUGGAAAUGAUGAACCUGCUCCCAUGGAACAGGAAUAGAAGGCUAGUCUGCAUUCCAGUCUAUGUGAAGUCUUCUCUCUUUGAGCUUGACGGGUUGUAUCGUCAAGAGAACAUUUGAAUUAGUUUUAGAAUUUCAGCUUAUCAGGGGUUAUAUGCUUGUAACACUAUGCCGGAUGUGAAAAACUUUUCUGUGCUUCUUUGACCCCCCCUCCCUGCUCUUUACCCGUUUUCGUUGUCAGGACUGGAAAAACUAAGAGAGGUAGUUUGUUUCUUCAGCUAAAAUGUAGGCAUGGCCAAUGUAUAACUUGAUAUGUUAGGAUGUAUACAACGUUUACCAUGUUCUACCAGAAUUUGGAAAUAUUAUACCAUUAUUUUGCCCUGGAUUGGUGGA